CACUAUUCGAAAUUAAAAAUGUCAGAAAGUACGAAUACCAAGCUUGAUACGGUCGAGCCUAUGCCUGUGGCCAUACCAUCUGAUUCAUCCAAAAAACCAGUCAAGUCAACCGCCGUUGUAAAAUACUCGGUCGUCCAAACACCAGCAACUUAUGCUCAAUUACAAUGCAACACAGACUUAAAUUUGCCACCGAGCAACUGGCUCAGCAGUUCUGCAGAAAGUUACGGCCUGCAGAGUGUAUGGUCUCAGACCUCUGGAUUUUCCAGUUUUCGUAUGGCACACAUGUUCCCUGAUUGUGUAGGGGAAGUUGAUGUUGUGUCGGACGCGGAGAAUAUAAAGAAACUGCUGAAAUUGCCUUACAACCAUGGAGUCAUAUCGAUGGUGGUACACAGAAUAGAGAACACUUUGUUGCUAGAUGACUUUGAUAUUCACAAGUACUUACUUAGACAAGCGGAAAACGACUGGGAAUGGUUAAAGAAAUUUUUUUACGAGCAUAUUUUCCAGAAUCUGGGAGAUAAAGAAAAGCGUCUGUUUCAUAAGACAAACAGUAGAAAUACUUUGCAACAGAGGAACCUAGUAUCCAAAUUUUUAUAUCGCUCGAUAGUAGUAGCAGACAGCAAAGAGCAACAUACUAAGCCACAGUUACCUGUGAAAACAUUGAAGCCAUGCUUGCCAGAACCUUCUCAGGAAGAAAAAGUCCCAGAUCCGAAUUAUAAUCAUAAUUUUGCGAGAAAUAUCGUCUGGACUUUCGAGAACAUACAGAUGCUAAUUGGUACUGAUAUGCCGAUAUUUGGAGGGCAAACUCACCCAUGUAUAAGCCUCAGAUUAAGAGAUAUGACUAAACCUAUUAAUGUAUUAACUGGUAUAGAUUAUUGGCUGGACAAUUUGAUGUGUAAUGUACCAGAAGUGGUAAUGUGUUAUCAUUUGGAUGGUAUUGUACAAAAGUAUGAAUUAAUUAAAACAGAAGAUCUUCCUAAUUUAGAUCACUCUAAGUUCAGUCCUAAAGUUAUCCGAGAUGUAGCGCAGAAUAUUUUAAGUUUCUUAAAGAACAAUUCAACCAAGGCUGGGCAUACUUACUGGUUGUUCAAAGGCAAAGACGACGAUGUUGUAAAGUUGUAUGACUUAACUUCUUUAUGUAAUGAUGUGUCGGAUGAAAAGGGUCAGAAUCCAUUUACUGUACCUGUUGCUAUGUUACUAUAUAGAGUAGCCCGUAACAUGAAAUACUCUUCUGAUUAUCGUAGGCAGCAGGGUACUAUUAGAAUGUUAUUAAGAAAUUGCAUACAACUAUUGACUAAAGAAAAGUACCCACAGAUUGUAACAUCUGCACAUUUUAUGCUAUCUGAUUUGUAUAUACCAUCUGAUACCGAUCCUGCUAGUCCUGCGUUGUCAGAUCAGAGUGAUGAAGAGGAUACGCAAAGUGAAUCCAGUAUAAACAACGAGAACGAGAAGGAUUUAACGGACGAAAUCGAAGAAGCUGCAAUUAAGUCUUUAACAUUAGCUAAUAUUAAAGAGCAUGCAGAAUGCGAAGAACCUAAAUAUAAACCACCACCAAUUUCGGGCACCAUCGAAGAAAGAUGUUUAGCCGCUCUAGAUCACGUUUAUCACGGACUCGAAUGUCUACAGUAUUUUCCGAUCGAAGAUAAUUCUGAAGAUGAACGGAAGAAAGAGGAGGAAGAAGAAAAGAAGAAAAGAGUAUACGAAGAGAAUCAUUUAAAUAUGGCUAAACCUUUCCAGGCAAUUCCUAUGCCUUAUAUUUCCUUGAAAGAAGAUAAGAAAGAAGUUGACGUCGAAGUGAGUUCAGUAAACAAUAGUCCUAUGCAUAAAAAGAAAUCUAAGCAAAAGAAGGUGAGGAAACUUGAAAAAAUUAUUUCAAAAAUGGACUCUCACGAGAACGGACCAAAAGCACUGUUAUGUAAGCUUAAAAAUGAAACCUUACCUACAUGGCAGGCACCUCAAAAAAGUGAUAAUAUAAGUUGGAACGUUCAUUUAAAGACAUUAUUAUACGAAAAGGCUUCGUUGAUUUUUGCCGUGCUCGCUGAAAAUGAAUAUGCCAAUAGAAAUUACGGAGCAUCGUUAAGAUAUAUGUUAGCAGUCCUACGUUGUCAGAAGAUGUUGGAAAUAUUUUGUGAUAUACGGAACGAUAAAUCAAUAAGCUAUUUAUUGGGACGUGCUGGAGACUGUUGUUUUAUGGCUGUACAAGACUGGUGUAAUGUCGAGAAACACAGGAGAGAUUACGAGAUGAAGAACGAAAUUGAAGAAAGCAUUGUCGAGGAGAUAUAUAGAAUGGAAGAUGUAGAUAUGAAUAUUGAAUUAUUGCCGCAACGUUUAGAAAGUUUAGAGUCUACCUUAGUAGCAUCUUAUAAGUGCUACGAGAAAGCAUUGUCAUUAGAACUGAUGGAUAUGGAUAGAAACAAUCUCUUAAGGCGAUUAGGAAACAUUCAUAAUGAGUUAGGUGUACUUUACAUGAAUCAAGCUGGAACGCGGUACCAACAAGAGAAUUUAGCGGACGAAACAUCAACCUCUUCGGAAGGGGUAACAACGCUACUUACACGGUCGCUAACUCAUUUGGAAGCAGGCGUGAAAGCAUUCGAAACUGUCCAUGACGAAGCAAAUUUAGCACUUUUACAUUCAAAUACCGGAAGACUUAUGCGACUUUGCGCACAUAUGCACGUUAAACAGAACACUCAAGAACGUCACUUUUAUAAUAAAGCGCUUGCAAGUUAUCAGAAAGCCUUGCAAGUUUUAGGUUCGAAGAAGUCAAACCCUGUAAUUUGGGAUACUAUUACAUGGGAUCUGUCCACUACUUUGUUCACUAUGGCUACAUUAUUACAGGAUUAUCCUACAACUGGAUGCAAAACUGAAGAAGAAUUAGAACGGGAGGUCGUCGAUGUCCUACAGAAAGCUCUGAAGCAUUGUGAUAUUGAAACUGCCGGGCCAAGGCAACCAGUAUAUCAAUUUCGCGCUGCAAUAAUUCAACAUCGACUUGCAUCGUUAUAUCAUCGUGUGUACAGAGAAUAUGAACCGGAUGCGGACAAUAUUAAAAGAAAAACAAGCUUGCAACUUUGCAAGCUGUAUUACGAUAAAGCUGCGAAGCUUUUAUUAGCUUUGGAGCAAACUACGGAGUUUCUGACGGUGCAGAUGGAAAGAGUUGCUUUAGCUGAACAUCAAGCGCGUUGUGCCACAACCUUUAACAAUAAAUUAAAAGCAUAUCAGAAUGGUCUUCAGUUAAUUCUACAAUGUAGACCCAUUAUCGAUAUAUUAUGCGAUAGAAACAAUUCUCAGAAGCAGAAUGCUAUUAGCAAUAAGAUAGGGAAAGAAAGUAUCGAAGAAGGAAAACCGACUGAUGAACAGAAAUUGAUAGAGGAUGAAGAAAGUCUAGUGGUAUUGUUGGAACAGCGAUUACAAUUUAUCUUGCGAUCUUUGACGAAAUUAUUCGUUACUAAGAAUAGCAAUAGUAGCAAAAAAGAGUCAGAAACAUUUACCAAUUUGUACAAACAGUGUUACAGUAAAACAUUACGGCCGGUCACGAUGUCUGGUUUCAAGUUAAUACAGCAUAUUGUACAACUUUUACGGGAGCUGGAAAAGAUGUUACCACCUAUAGAAACUUGAAUGGUUAAUUGUAUAUAUUGUUUGUGUGCCAGUUUAAAAAUAAUUUAUAAGUUUCAACCAACGAAUUUCCCCGAGAUCGAUGGAAUUUGGUCGACAUUGAAUUAUCGAUUCUCCUGGCCCUCUAAAAGGUCCUUCGUAAUUUGGUCAUUGACGCUGGUCGUUAUUUCAUUUGCGAGAUAAAGCCUUAAUGAGGGUAACGUUCUUUAACUCUUGUAUAAGAUAGAGACUUUUUUUAUUCUAGUGUGUACAUAGUGAGAUGGAAGCUUUUAUUUAUAUAUGAUUUAUAAGCGAGAAAUAAAAAGCUUAUACGAAUCAUA